CCUGGGAGGAGUCUGUGCGGGUGCGCUGGGCCCCCGCCCGGAGCGGAGAUGGAUGAGGACGGGCUUCCUCUCAUGGGCUCGGGCAUAGACCUGACCAAGGUGCCAGCUAUUCAACAGAAAAGAACAGUGGCCUUUCUAAACCAAUUUGUGGUGCACACCGUACAGUUCCUUAACCACUUUUCGACGGUUUGUGAGGAGAAACUGUCAAACCUUUCUCUACGUAUUCAACAAAUUGAAACAACUCUCAAUAUUUUAGAUGCAAAGUUAUCAUCUAUUCCAGGACUAGAUGAUGUCACAGUAGAAGGAUCUCCCUUAAGUGCCAAAAGUGUCACAAAUGGACCACAAUCGGAAGCUACUAGAGAGCAGUCACAGCAGAACAGUAUACAAGACUCUGGACCACAGGACAGUGAAGUAGCAGCAGAAAAUAUCUUAACUGUAGCCAAGGAUCCAAGAUAUGCCAGAUAUCUCAGAAUGGUUCAAGUGGGUGUUCCGGUGAUGGCAAUAAGAAACAAGAUGGUAGCUGAAGGACUAGACCCAGAUCUCCUGGAGCGACCGGAUGCUCCAGUGCCUGAUGGUGAAAGCGAAAAACAUGCAGAAGAAAGUUCAGAGAGUGAAUCGUCUUUCAGUGACUAAGCUUACUUUUGAUACAAGUUUUACCUACACUUGUAGGCAUACGUUUACAGUGUCUAAGACAGAGAAUCUAAAGCUCUCUCUGUCUGAAAACAGCAAAUGACCACAUACCUCCCCGCCCCCCAGCUUCCUUUAAGUGAAAAAAAUAAAACAGUUAUAACCUGGCAGGAUGUCUCAUCCCAAAUAUAAGGCCCUCAACUGAAGUAAAAAACAACCUAAGUAAAGUACAAUUACUAAUAACAGAUACUAAUAUGGACUAUAUCUGGAUAUAAAUUAAGUCAAUUUACUUUCAGUUUAGUGAUCAAAAAACACUUUUUUGAUCCCUCAGUCUGAAAAAAAUUAAUUUGGCUAAGUGAGUUAUUCAGUUUUUGUGUAUGAAUUUUUAGCAUGAAAAGUACUAUGUAUAUUAUAGCAUAAAAUUUGUUGAAAUUUCUGGCAGAUGAUAAGACUAAAUUUUAUAUGAAAACUUGUAAGUUAUAUAUUGUAAAUAUUAAACUGAUUGAUAUAUUA